CCAUUGCGUUCAGUAGAGCUCGAGGCGUCAAGUCGGACGCACGUCUCGUUCUACACUACUUUCACUCGAUACUAACGUUACUAAAAACCGAUUUACAUUAAUGAAAACGUUUUCCUAUCUGCUUCUAACGCAGUAAAGUAUGCCUUAACACUUUAAUUUAUUUAUGUUUUUUAGUGCAGUGAGUGUAAAACUUGCAGUGCUCCUAUGACCCGGUUUUAUUUUGACUCUUGCACAAUUUUCGCCGUUCCGAAUUUGCGCGGCACGUUCUUGAUGUUAGUCAACUGUGGGACGAGUUUGAGCUGGAGGACGCGACCUUUGCAGAGUGCAGCAUCAGCAACGCUAACCAUAGCUUCCAAGUGAUAACAGCGAGCCGUUGUUUGGUGCUGGGCGCUGACACCAGAGGCGAGAUGGAAGGCUGGGCGGGAGCCAUCCGUGGUGCUCUGCACAGCGGCUGCAACGUAGCUGACCUGGUCGCCAGCCUGUCCUCGGGAGACCAUCACUGGUACACGGCCACUCACGCGCGGCCCACGUUCUGCAACGUGUGUCGCGAGUCACUGGGCGCGUUGGGCACGGCGCAUGCGCUAGCCUGCGAGCUGUGCAAGUACAAAGCACACAAGCGAUGCGCCGCGCGCGCGCCGCCAUCUUGCAAAUGGAGCACGCUUGCGUCGCUCGGACCGCAUCUCGUGGAGGACGUCGACGGCAACAUAAUAAUGCCUCACCAGUGGUUGGAGGGGAACCUGCCGGUCGCGGCCAAGUGUGACAUCUGUGAUAAGACUUGCGGUUCCGUACUCAGGUUGCAAGACUUUCGGUGCAUCUGGUGCCGCCGAUGCGUCCACGCGAACUGCCGGCCCAGUUGGCGGUCUGCCUGCUCCCUGGGCCCCUCGAGAGCUUCCAUCGUACCGCCCACCAAGCUGCACUCCGUAGGACCAGAUGACGGCUGGCUUCCGGACCGACCGCCGAACGCUUCGCCGCUUAUAGUCUUCGUCAACUCAAGAUCUGGUGACAAUCAGGGCGUGAAAUUUCUGCGUCGCUUCAAGCAGCUACUGAAUCCGGCGCAAGUGUUCGAGCUGAGCGGCGCCGGGCCGAGGCUGGGGCUGAGGCUGUUCAGACACUUCGCGCCGCUCAGGGUCCUGGUGUGCAGCGGGGACGGCUCCGUGGGCUGGGUGCUCCAGGAGGUGGACAAACUAGAGAUGCAUCGCCAAGUGCAGACAGCAGUUCUCCCCCUGGGUACCGGCAACGACCUGGCGCGGGUGCUGGGCUGGGGCUCAUCCUGCGACGACGCGGCCAACCUGCAGCAGCUGCUCGAGAGAUACGAGCGGGCUUCCACCAAAAUGCUGGACCGAUGGUCAAUAAUGACGUUUGAGCGAACGCUGUCGGCUCCUCCGCCUCCGCCCGCGCCUCCCGACCUGCAGGAAUCAUCGCUGCUUCGGAACUUGCAAGAGAUCGUUCAGGCCGGUGAAGUAGGGGAAGCAAACAGCGAGGCACGUGUCGCUCUUCGUGAGGGCUGUGCGCGACUGGUGGGAGUGGGAGAGCGGGCGGGGGGAGGUGCGGCUCGCGCGGCACACCGUCUAAAGCGCGCGCUCUCGCUGCUGCUUCACGCGCGCACGCACGUGGCGCACGACCACACCAAGUGCGAGUGA